AUGGCGGACCUGGUGGGGGACGCGGACCCGGGCCUGGGGCGAGAUCUGGUGGCGGAGCUGCGAUACCGCGACGGGCGGACGCGGACGGUGCGGGUGCCGUACCCGGCGGCGGAGGAGGGCGAGGCCGCCCAGCUGCGCGGGCUCCGGGCGGCCCUGAGCGAGCUGCAGGAGCGGGUGGUGGAGCUGCUGGCGCCGCUGGUGCAAGAGGAGCAGGCGGCGGCGGGCGGCGCGCGGCGCGGUGGUGGCGGGGAUGACGACGACUACGAUGAUGACGAGGAGGAUGACGGCGAAGACGAAAAUAACGUGGACGCGGCGGCGAGCGGCGAUGACCCUCCCCUGAAGCGGACGAAGGUGCAGCAGCCGUGA